CCCGCCUGCCUCAGUCUCCCCAGCUCUCCACCACCCCCCUCGGACCAGUGCCUUGUCUCCCCAGCGCGCCAUCCCUGCAAGGCGGCCCCGGACACCAGCUCACUUUUUCCCCUGAGCGCAGGAGGCGUUACUCACUCUUCCUCCUUCCCCUCCGCGCCGACUCCUGGGCUCCGGGCCCCGGGGGGAGGGAAGAGGUCUCUUACCUACUCCGCUGCCCCAGCCCCCUCCUUGUGUCUGUCCCAGUGAGGGAUGUCGCCCUCUGGUCGCCUGUGUCUUCUCACCAUCGUUGGCCUGAUUCUCCCCACCAGAGGACAGACGCCGAAGGAGCCCACAUCCAUUUCUUCAGCAGACCCAAAUAUCGUGGAUUUUCAGGUUCUGACCCCAGCCCCAGAUGCAAUCUACCCAGAAGUCCAGCCCACCCCUCCAAUCCCUACCCGGCCUGCUGAUGAAACACCACAACCCCAGACCCAGACCCCGCAACCGACAGGAAUGGAUGAGCCUCUAGUGACAGAUCCAGAGAUACCCAGGAGCACCAAAGCAGCUCAUCCCACCAAAGGUACCACAACGCUCUCUGAGAGACCAUCCCCAAGAACAGACGUCCAGACACACCCCCAGACCGUCAAGCCAUCUGGUUCUCAUGAGGACGACCCCUUUUUCUAUGGUAAGUUAUCCAUGGGAAGAUGUUGGGGAAGGAAAGGCGAAGGCCCCUCUGACUGUACCCCUCCAUUUUUCUCUCUGCAGAUGAACACACCCUCCGGAAACGGGGACUGUUGGUCGCAGCUGUGCUGUUCAUCACAGGCAUCAUCAUCCUCACCAGUGGCAAGUGCAGGCAGUUGUCCCAGUUAUGCCGGAAUUAUUGCAGGUGAGUCCAUCAGAAGCAGGGGCCGACAACCCGCUGGGCACCCUGAGACUGAGCCCCCUGUCGGUUCACCGUGCCCAGCCUCCUGCAUCCCCUCGAAGAGCCCAGUCGGAGAGGGAAGACACAGACGAUGGAGCUGGAGCCGGGGCUGCUGGUUCCGAGUCUCCUACCUCCCCUAACCCUGCCCACCCUGAAGGCUGCCUGGUGCCUGGGGGCUGUCCCUCAAGUUAUCUCCUCUGUUCAGAUGAAAAGUAAAGCACUGUGGUUCUUAUC